ACAUUGGUGGAGGCAAGAAAGAAACGAGAAGAUGCUGGUGUGUCUGUGUCAUAUCUUUUUGUAUUGAUUUUCUUCACUGUGAGCUGCAGAUCAGAUUAAAUGAUGACCGCUCGGAAAAAUGACUACUCCGAUGGAGAUCUCUACGCAAAACCCCACAGAAACCCACAUUUCCGGGCAAAAUGGCGUCUCACAGGCACAGCUACCAGCCUCUCCUUCAAUUAUCGGCCAGGACAAAUUUCUCGUUUCUGUUGAAGUUUGCUUGAAACCCUCGAGCUCAGCUCGCGUUGAAGAUGUCCGCUCCGCCGUUGAAAGAAUGCUUGAAAAGAGGAGUUUAAGCUAUAUCGAUGGACCUAUUCCAGUGCCUGUCGAUGAUCCCUUUAUUGCACAAAACGUACAAAGAAUCUGUAUUUGUGACACGGAUGAAUGGGCAAAGAGCCAUGAGAUUCUUUUGUUCUGGCAGGUCAAACCUUUUGUACAUGUCUAUCAGCUUAGUGAGGAAGGACCUUGUGAGGAAUUAAGUGGGGAUGGUCAACUUUCUAGUUUCAAUGAAUGGAUUCUUCCUGCAAAGGAGUUUGAUGGCAUGUGGGAAAGCCUAAUUUAUGAAUCUGGUCUCAAGCAAAGGUUAUUGCGUUAUGCAGCGAGUGCACUACUCUUCACCGAGAAGGGUGUUGAUCCUUUCCUUGUGUCAUGGAACCGAAUUAUUCUUUUACAUGGACCACCAGGGACUGGGAAAACAUCUUUAUGUAAAGCGUUGGCUCAGAAACUAUCAAUACGAUUUAACUCUAGAUAUCCUCAAUGCCAGUUGGUUGAAGUUAAUGCUCACUCUUUAUUUAGCAAAUGGUUCUCUGAAAGUGGCAAGUUGGUUGCAAAGCUUUUCCAGAAGAUUCAAGAGAUGGUGGAGGAAGAAAACAAUCUGGUAUUUGUUUUGAUCGAUGAAGUUGAAAGCCUUGCUGCUGCAAGAAAAGCUGCUUUGUCUGGUUCUGAACCUUCUGAUUCUAUUCGAGUUGUCAAUGCACUACUAACUCAGAUGGACAAAUUGAAAUGCUCGCCAAAUGUGAUUAUUCUGACUACCUCUAAUAUAACUGCUGCUAUUGAUAUUGCAUUUGUGGAUCGAGCUGAUAUCAAAGCAUAUGUUGGUCCUCCGACUCUUGAAGCUCGUUAUGAAAUUCUAAGGUCCUGUUUGCAGGAACUUAUACGAACGGGAAUCAUAUCAAAUUUCCAGGGCUUUGACAACCUCGUACCUCCAAAUUAUUCAACUCUGAAAGAGAAAUUGAGUGCACCUGAUAUUCAAGAAGCUCAGACGCCAGUGAGCUCAUAUAAACAAUUGCUUGAAGCUGCACAGGCAUGCGAGGGACUAAGUGGAAGAUCAAUAAGAAAACUUCCAUUUUUGGCACAUGCGGCUCUUUCAAACCCAUAUGCCUGUGACGCUAAUAAGUUCUUGUCAGCAAUGAUAGACACAGCAAGGAGGGAGCGUUCUGAGCUACCCGAAUGAUUUUUACCAAUGUAAAUUGUAAAAGAUAUGUUCAAAGCUAAACAGAAAGAAGCCUACUUUUCUAUGCCCCUCGGUAUCUCAAAAAUGAGAUUCCUGAUACAAUUAAGUCAUAGUAGGAGGUUUUUAACCCUAUCCCAUGUAAGGAAGGGGCAUUCGGGACACUGGUGCUAGCCUUUGUAGAAAUGGUUCCCUUCUUUUUUUAAUUUUAAAUCCUAAUUAAAAGCAACUGUCAUGUGAUUAUGUGAAAUAGUAGAAUAUGCGGAGUAUUAAUUUGUU